CCUGCAGAGCGCCUCGCUUCCUCAAGACACGCUUGCGGCGCGCUGCACGACGUCCGCCGAGGCCGAGACGCUGACGCCGCCCGAGGAAGCCGAGCUGCGGGGCACAGGGAGCCGGGGAGGCUGCUCCGGGGCGUGGCUUCUCUGCCCCCCGCCAGGAAGAAGAUGCAGGCCAGUCCCAUCCGCAUCCCAACUGUCAGCAGUGACACCGACUGGGACUUCUGCUUCCAUCUGUCACAGCAAACCAGGAUCCUAGCACACCAGCAGAGAGAUGAGUUGUGUCCCACUAGUGGGUCUGGAGAGAGUGAAGAAGACACUAAAGCCAAGGAGAAGACCAUAGAUUGCAUGUCUCUUCCCAUAGAGAAAUUGGUCCAAUCUCAGAAGAAAAUAGCUCAGCUGAUUAAGGGAAAAAUGAAUACCCAAGCAAACAAGGAGCUGAUUCGCUGUGCUGUCCUUUCUCAGAUUAUUUUUGGGGAAGAACACUGGAAAUGUGCACAGGCUUUGGCUAGCCUGGCUUAUGGCUACCUGACACUGAGAGGCCUCCCAGCUCAGGCCAAGAAACAUGCUGAGUCUGCCAAGAACACACUGCUGACCUGGAAGGGAAACACGACCUCAGACAAGGAAAAAAAGGAAAUCGUGGAAGCUCUGGUCAUGCUCUACUACACGCUGGGGGUGGCCUGGCUUCUGCAGAACCAUGGCAGAGAGGCUUAUGUCAACCUGCAGAAGGCAGAGAGGAACAUGAUGGAGCUGAAAGAAUUAUAUAGGGGAGGCAUCUGUGGAUUACAAGUCUCAGAGACAGACCUAACAAUUGCUUUGGGCAGAGCCUCCUUGGCCAUCCACAGGUUGAACCUCGCUCUGGCAUACUUUGAAAAGGCAAUUGGCAACAUUAUUGCUGUGAAGGGUGAUAGGACAUCAGAUCUGGUCAGUCUAUACCAGGAAAUUGCUCAGAUGGAGCAGCUGAGGAGGAACCACGACCAGGCCAUCCAGUACUUGCACCAGGCCCAUUCUAUCUGUGUUUCUUUGUUCACUGAAGUCAGCCCUGAAACUGCAGAGGCGAGUGCAUUACUAGCCAAGGCUUAUGCCAUGUCUGGAGAGGCCCAACACAAGGAUGCUGUUGAAGUAUAUUUUAUAAAAAGCAUCAGUGUGUAUCAAACAACAUUGGGCCCAGAGGAUUGUGAAACACUGACAACCAUUGAAGAAUUUUGCAAAUGGCUUGUCCAAAAUGGGGAAAAACAGGAGGCUUACAGACUGUUAAAGUCUUCAUUGAAGUCUCAGGUCAUCAGCUAUGGUGACUGUAGUAAAAGAGUGGCUGAUACUUUUUAUAACAUGGGCAUGAUUUGCUUUGCCAAAGGAGAGCUCAGAAAGGCAAUUCAGCUGCUAAGGAAGUGUCUGAUGAUUCAAAUCCUUUUAUAUGGAAGUGAGCACAGUAGAAGCAGAGACACAAAAAACCUCCUUACUCUAUUGCAGAGGGCGAGUAACAGUUCAUCCAGAUGGAGAAGAGAAGCCAUUCCAGGAAGAAGUAACUCUAUAUGCAAAGGCAUACAGGCAUGACAGAGGGCAGGGUAUCGAAGGAAUGGUCUUCUGUUAUCACUAAAGAGAAAACCUCUAUACAAGAUAGCCAACAAUAAAGCCAAACUUGUUGACAAAAAUUCUGGGCCACAAAAUAUAUUUAUCAACACAUAGCCGUGGUAGAUCAAAAGCAGAAGAACUAAAGACUCUGGGGAAAAAAGGUCCACUUAGCAGCAGCAUCACAGGUAAAAUACCCAAGGGCCACUAGAAACCAGGAUCCUCAUCUGUAACCUGGGGGGAAGAAAUCUUUUUUUCAGACUCAUGCUUCAAGUUAGUUUCUUCUGUUACUGGAACUCCAUUACCUUCCAUUUCCCUUUUUCUAACUCUAAUUUCAUUCUUUUCAGUUCUGAUUUU